GCUCAGGCACAAACUAAAUUUAAGUCUGAAGAAAUUGUUUUAAUUCCGGCGAAAGUCUGUUUAAAACCACUGCUUAACAAACAAACAAAAACAGAUAAAACUAAUUCGUGGAUAAAAAAAUAAAUAUUUCCAACAAGUUAUGGGUAAAAGAUCUGCGGUAUAUUUUCUUCUAACAGUUUUCCACUACUGUGUGCAGAUCAAGUGCUUGAAUUUGCAGGAAUUAAACUUACAUAAGGAAUUAUUUAAAAACUAUAAUUCAAAUGUUAUGCCUCAAGAUAACAAAACAGAACCAAUUGAAGUCACUUUGGAUUUAAUUUUGAUGGCAAUUGAUGAAGUUGAUGAAAAAAGGCAAACAAUUUCGAUAAAGGCAUUUCUCGAAAUACAGUGGCAGGACGCAUUUCUGUCUUGGAAUUCUUCCAAAUAUCCUGAAAUUUCUAGAAUCAGUGUAAAGAAUUCAGAUAUAUGGAUCCCGGACGUCGCAUUACAGGACACAUUUGAUAAAUUGACGGAUUUAGGACAAGUGGAUGGGAAGGCAAACGUCGAAAAUAAUGGUUUAGUAACAAUAUGGCCGUACAAUAUAUACACUGUCAGCUGUAAAGUUUCAAUCGGAAAAUUUCCUUUUGAUAGACAAUCGUGUCAAUUUGAUUUCCAAUCAUGGAGCCAUUCGAGAUCAGAUCUUGUUUUGAAAAGUAAACAAAAAAAGCCUGGCUUGAAGGUUUACAAAGAAAGUGGAGAGUGGGACCUUGUUAGUACAAAAGUGGAGCUACAGAGCCGCCCAUAUGGUAACGAUUCCUGGGACCAUGUUUUAUUUCAUUUCGAGCUCAAACGGAAAUCUUUAUAUCACGUUUUGAACGUAUUUGUACCAGUUCUUUGUAUCUCGGUUUUAAGUAUCAUUUCAUUUCUUUUACCUUCUGAAAGUGGCGAGAGGGUAACUUUUUCAAUUUCAAUAUUUCUAACACUAGCUGUUUUCUUGACAACUGUUAACAGUUCGAUGCCAGAGUCGUCUGAUGAAGUCGCUUCCUUCAGCGUUUAUGUUGGACUUCAGUUGUUUGGGAGUGCUCUAACAAUUAUAUUCACAAUAAUUUCACUAAAUUUCUAUCAUCACGAUAAAUGUGUUCACGUACCACAACUACUGAAGAUGUUAGUCAAAGCCUGCUGCGUUCAAAAGAAAGAGGACUUUCCAGUGAGGCAAGACAUCGAAAAUGAAAACGCCUUGAAAUGCAUAAAUGAUACUGCUGCUCAAGAUACUAGUAUGCUUGGAAGAGAAAUUGGAGACGUGACAUGGGAAAUGGCGUCAAAGGCAAUAGAUAAAGUUUGUCUUUAUUCUGCAAUUUGUUGGCACGUUAUCCUGACGGCAAGUUUACUGAUAAGCGUUGUGAGUUAAACAUUGAUGUGAUAUUAUACGCUUUAAUAACAUAAAUUUACAUGAUAUUUAAGUGCUAUCCAUUUAUUAAAAAGUAUGGAAUUAAAGGUAACUUAUUGUUUGAUUUUAUCAAUCUGUCAAUUGCAUACUGGUUACAUGGUCAAUGCACACGGUAUAUUAAUAUUCGAUAAAUUUUCGGUAAAUUUCGUGAGAUGUACGCAGAAAUAUGUGAUUGAAUUUAACUUGUUUCUAUAAAAUAGUUAAACAGACCGUUAUAGAGAAAUAGGGUUAACUGCAGGUUUAUAAUUUCUAAAAGCCAUAUGUGUUUUAAGAUCGAGACCGCGUAUGUCCAUGUUUUCUUUUCUUAUUUAUAACUAUUUUCAACAUAAGUGUAGCUAUAAUUGUUUUUAUGUUGUUCUAUUUGUUUUUAAUAUGUUUUGCACAAAUUUCGGUAAAGACUAUACACUUUUUAAAAAACAUGGUUUAAGAAUCAACAUUUAGAAUACAUUCGGAUAAAAUCAAUUAAUGUCAUUUCAGUGCCGUAAAAGGCGAUACAAAACGAGACAAAUCAGUUUCUAAGUUGCUUCAUAUCUGUGCAGACAAUUUGCAAGCACUUUUCAUUAAAACAUACUUCAAAAAUAAAGAA